CCGCUUCGCUUCCCCCGUCCAACACAAACAAUGGAACACAUUUUCAUAAAAGAAUUGCCAUUUUUAGAUCAAUGCAGCAGCGCCACUCCCCGCCGAUCUCCCACCUGCUCUCCUUCCCUCUUUAAUUUCUCCAGAUCUGCAGAUUUUUAAUCCCUCAUUGUUUUUGUUAUUUCUUUUCUUUCGCCCUUCUGAUGUCGUCGUCGUUGAUUUUUCUAAUAUUUAAUUUAUAAUUUUUUUUAAUCCUCUCCUUCUCGUCUCGAGUCUACAAAAUGGAAGAGGAUCGGCACGAGCCCUCUGGUUCGUCCCCACAGGACAAUCGCGGAGGAGUCGGCGGCGGCUGCAGCGUGCAAAACCAUCUCGCUUCCUCUGGCGGCAGCCUCUCCAGCUCCCUCGCCGAGGACGAACUAUUUGAGCCCGUCUCCCUCCGGGAUCUGGACCUCGUCGCCGCCCCGUCACCCCGUUCUGAUCCUGCCCUCGUCUCCACCCGCCCCCCCGGCUCCGACGAUUUCAACCGCUCCUACGCCCCCUUGUCUCCCCCCGCCGACGCAUCUGUCUCACCUCCAGUCGAAAUGGCGGGGGAUCUGCCGCGCAGCCCCUCGGAUGAGGGGUCCACUGGUAACUUCGACUCGUACUUGUCCCCCGUAGCGUCACCGCCGAAGCCGAGGGCGAAGCCAGCCACGUCUGAUGUUCCGCCGGAUAUCGUUCACUUGGUUGACUCGGCCAUAAUGGGGAGGGCGGAGGGCUUGGAGAAGCUCAAGUCAGUGGUAUCCGUGGGUAGCGGUGAUGAUGUCAUCGGCGUUUCUAGAUCCAUUGUGGAUGCCCUUCUCACUACGAUGGGAGGCGUUGAAGGUCUGGAUGAGAUUGAUGGCAGCAGGGAUGCUGUUUGGAAUCCUCCCACCGUGAUGUUGAGUUCGAGGGCUGCGGUGGUAGCUACAGAGAUAAUCCCCUGGUUACCCUGCGAAUGGGAUUCUCUAACUUACAUGUCGCCAAGGACUAGAAUGGCUAAAGGCCUGCUAUUGAUCUUACGAGCUUGCACCAGAAACCGGACAAUGUGUUCAGCUGCUGGUUUGUUGCGUGCUCUUCUCCAAUCAGCAGAAAAAAUAAACUCCGUUGAUCACAAUUCCUGGGAUGGAAAGUGGUUGUUCCAGUGCAUUCAGGUUUUAGCAGGGCAUUCUCUGAGUACAAUUGAUCUCCACAGAUGGCUUGGUCUCAUCAAGAAGUCUGUGUCAACUGACUUGGCUGUGCCUUUGUUGCUAGCACUGGAGAAGGCCAUGGGAAGCAGGGAGGCAAUGGGUCCUGCUUACACUUUUGAAUUUGAUGGCGAGAGCUCUGGCUUGCUAGGCCCUGGUGACAGCCGAUGGCCUUUCUACAAUGGAUAUGGAUUUGCAACAUGGAUUUACAUUGAAUCAUUCUCUGACACCCUUAACACAGCAACUGCUGCUGCCGCUAUUGCUGCAGCCGCAGCCGCAAAGUCAGGUAAGUCAUCUGCCAUGUCAGCAGCUGCUGCAGCCAGUGUACUUGCUGGAGAAGGGACAGCUCAUAUGCCUAGGCUCUUUAGUUUUUUGUCUUCUGACAACCAAGGAGUGGAGGCAUACUUCCAUGGGCAGUUCUUGGUGGUGGAGUGUGGCAGCGGGAAGGGAAGGAAGGCUUCUCUGCACUUCACUCAUGCUUUCAAGCCUCAAUGUUGGUACUUUGUUGGAUUGGAACAUAGUUACAAGCAAAGUUUGUUAGGAAAGGCUGAAAGUGAGUUGAGACUGUAUGUGGAUGGCAACCUAUAUGAGAGCCGCCCUUUCGAAUUUCCACGCAUCUCGAAGCCCUUAGCAUUUUGCUGCAUUGGGACAAACCCUCCUCCAACAAUGGCUGGCCUACAGAGGCGCAGGCGCCAGUGUCCACUGUUUGCAGAGAUGGGUCCUGUCUACAUAUUUAAGGAGCCAAUUGGUCCAGAAAAAAUGUGUCGAUUGGCUUCUAGGGGAGGAGAUGCACUUCCUUGUUUUGGUAAUGCUGCUGGAUUACUCUGGAUGGGAAUGAAUGACCAUGCGAGGAGUAUGGCAAAAGAGUGCUUUGCAUUGGAUGCUGAUAUUUCAGGAAGUUUGCAUCUUUUAUAUCAUCCUAAAUUGCUAAAUGGCCGUUAUUGUCAAGAUGCUUCACCAUCAGGUUCAGCAGGUAUUCACCGUCGACCUGCUGAGGUCCUUGGGCAGGUUUAUGUUGCUUCUCGUCUGCGUCCAGCUGAAGCUUUAUGGGCCUUAGCCUAUGGUGGUCCAAUGAGUUUGCUUCCAAUGACAGUAAGCAAUGUGGAGAAGGAAGGCCAGGAACCUAUUCUGGGUGAUUUUGCUUUGUCACUUGUAACUACUUCCCUCUCUGCCCAUAUUUUCAGAAUUAUCUCAAUUGCCAUCCAACAUCCUGGAAAUAAUGAAGAGUUAUGUCGCACCCGAGCACCUGAACUUUUGUCAAGAAUCUUGCUUCAUCUUUUACAGUCUCUUUCUAAAAUGGAACUUGGGAAGCAACAUGUAUCUAGUGCUGAGGAACUUGUUACUGCUAUUGUGUCACUAUGUCACUGUCAAAGAUAUGACCAAAAACUUAAAGUUCAUCUUUUUAGAACUUUGCUGCUGGAUUUGAAGCUGUGGAGUCGGUGCAAUUAUGGUUUGCAAAAAAAGCUUCUUUCUUCGCUUUCAGAUAUGGUAUUCACAGAAGCAUCUGUCAUGAGGGAAGCAAAUGCUCUGCAAAUGCUUCUUGAUGGCUGUAGAAGUUGCUAUUGGGUUGUUAAGGAGAAAGAUUCAGUUGAUACUUUUUCUCCUAAUGGAACAUCAAGACCUAUUGGUGAAAUGAAUGCUCUCAUAGAUGAACUGUUAGUGGUUAUUGAACUUUUAGUAGGUGCUGCACCACCUUCAUUGGCAGGUGAUGACGUUCGAUGUUUGAUUGGUUUCAUGAUUGACUGUCCACAACCGAAUCAGGUUGCUAGGGUUUUGCACUUAUUCUAUAGAUUGGUUGUGCAGCCAAAUACAUCUCGAGCUAGCACAUUUGCACAAGCUUUCAUAUCUUGUGGUGGAAUAGAAACACUACUUGUUCUUCUACAACAAGAAGUAAAAAUUGGGAACUGUUAUAUAUUUUCUAGUUCUGAUGAAAGUGAUAAAGCUGCUAUUGUAUUACAAAAAGAUUCAGUCCUGGAAACUAGUCUGGAUGUACGAACAGAAUUGUCUGGAGAAAAGGAAUCCUAUGCCAACAACACUAGUUCUAAAUCCUUUGACACCGGUCAACGGUCUUAUGAGGUUUUAAUGGAUGGAAAUGUGGAAAGAAUGGCUUUGGCUCCUGAGAAUCAGCUUCUAAAGAAUCUGGGUGGCAUCAGUUUGUCAAUAAGUGCUGAGAGUGCUAGAAAUAAUGUCUACAAUGUUGAUGAUAGUGAUGGAGUUGUUGUUGGAAUCAUCAGUCUCUUGGGUGCUCUCAUCACCAAUGGUCAUCUGAAAAUUGUCCCAAAUAAUUUGACAACACAAUCUAGUAAUAUUCUGGGUAUUGCAGGUACUGAAGGGGGCACAAUGUUUGAUGACAAAGUAAGCUUGAUCCCUUUCGCAUUACAGAAAGCAUUUCAAGCUGCUUCAUGUAGGCUUAUGACCAAGAAUGUAUAUACAACGUUAUUGGGUGCAGCGAUAAAUGUUUCAACUGCUGAUGAUGGGCUUAAUUUAUAUGACUAUGGUCAUCACUUUGAGCAUAUGCAACUUUUGUUGAUCCUUCUUAGAUCACUUCCAUAUGCAUCCAGAGCAUUCCAGGUUCGAGCGAUUCAGGAUCUGCUGUUUCUGGCUUGCAGUAAUUCAGAAAAUAGAAGUAGUAUGACAAGCAUGCCUGAAUGGCCUGAGUGGUUAUUGGAAGUUCUAAUAUCAAAUUUUGAGAUGGGUUUGAAUAAAGACUCAGAUGGUGUCAGCAUUGUUGAGAUAGAAGACCUCAUUCAUAACUUCCUAAUAAUCAUGUUGGAGCACUCAAUGCGCAGAAAGGACGGGUGGAAGGAUGUGGAAUCUACUAUUCAUUGUGCAGAGUGGUUGUCCAUUGUUGGGGGAUCUAGCACAGGGGAACAACGAGUCAGGCGAGAAGAGUCGCUUCCUGUUUUUAAAAGAAGGCUACUAGGCGGCUUACUAGAUUUUUCUGCUAGGGAGCUACAAGUUCAGACUGAAAUUAUUGCAGCAGCUGCUGCUGGUGUUGCUGCUGAGGGUUUGUCGCCAUCAACGGCAAAAUUACAAGCUGAAAACGCAGCACAUCUUUCAGUUGCGUUAGCUGAAAAUGCAAUUGUCAUUUUGAUGCUAGUAGAAGAUCAUUUACGCCUACAAGGACUGCUAUUUGUUUCAUCUCGUGCAACAGACAGUAAUGCAUCACCUGCCUCAUUGACAUUAUCUACAAUUAAUCGCUCAAAUUCUUUAGGUAUAAUUAUUAAUGAACCAAUGGAUAGUAUCUCCAAGAGAUCCUCAUUGUCAUCUGAUGCUGGAGGUCUUCCGCUUGAUGUUCUUGCUUCUAUGGCUGAUGCGAAUGGGCAAAUUUCAGCAGUAGUUAUGGAGCGUCUUACUGCAGCAGCUGCAGCUGAACCGUAUGAAUCUGUUCGAUGUGCAUUUGUAUCAUAUGGAAGUUGUGUUGUUGAUCUACUGGAAGGUUGGAAGUACAGGAGUAGGCUGUGGUAUGGUGUUGGCCUUCCCUCAAAAGCAUCUAUGUUUGGUGGGGGAGGAAGUGGUUGGGAAACUUGGAACACUGCUCUCGAAAAGGGUACAAAUGGAACCUGGAUUGAACUCCCACUUGUGAAGAAAUCCAUUGCCAUGCUUCAAGCGCUCUUGUUGGAUGAAUCUGGAAUUGGUGGUGGUCUUGGUAUUGGUGGUGGUUCUGGAACUGGAAUGGGAGGAAUGACAGCACUUUACCAGUUGUUGGACAGUGAUCAGCCAUUUUUGUGCAUGCUCCGGAUGGUGCUUGCAGCUAUGAGGGAGGAGGAUAAUGGUGAGGAUGAUGUACUUACGAGGAACAUAAAUGACAUGAAUAUCACAUCAGAAGGUUCAAAUUAUCAAAGUGGGAACCUCAUGCCAUUUGAGAGUGGCAAUCUUUCAAAAGCAAGAAAGCCCCACUCAGCACUUCUUUGGAGUGUACUCUCACCAAUUUUAAACAUGCCAAUAUCUGAAUCUAAGAGACAGAGGGUUUUGGUUUCAUCUUGCAUUCUUUUCUCUGAGGUCUGGCAUGCUAUUGGAAGGGACAGAAAACCACUUCGAAAACAAUAUGUGGAGGCCAUUGUGCCUCCUUUUGUAGCCAUCCUAAGACGUUGGCGACCACUUUUGGCUGGUAUUCAUGAAUUCACUUCUUCAGAUGGUCAAAACCCUCUUAUUGUUGAUGAUCGAGCUUUGUCUGCUGAUUUACUACCUCUUGAGGCUGCUAUUUCAAUGAUAACACCUGGUUGGGCUGCUGCUUUUGCAUCACCUCCUGCUGCAAUGGGACUAGCAAUGGUUGCUGCUGGUGCUUCUGGAGGAGAAGUUGUACUGCCUGUAAAAAAUGUCCCACUUAAACGUGAUACUUCCUUGUUUGAGCGCAAAACAGCUAGACUUCAAACUUUUUCAAGCUUUCAAAAGCCUCCUGAUCCAACAAACAAGUCUGUUCCUGCAGCAAAGGACAAAGCAGCAGCAAAAGCUGCUGCUUUGGCUGCUGCACGUGAUCUUGAACGGAAUGCAAAGAUAGGUUCUGGAAGAGGACUUUGUGCUGUGGCAAUGGCAACCUCAGCACAGAGGAGAAGUGCAAGUGAUGCUGAGCGUGCGAAGAGAUGGAAUGUUUCUGAAGCUAUGGGUGCUGCUUGGAAUGAAUGCCUUCAGUCAGUUGAUUCAAAAAUAGUCUCUGGGAGGGACUUCUCUGCUCUCUCCUAUAAAUAUGUGGCAAUUCUUGUAGGUAGUUUUGCUUUAGCAAGGAACAUACGAAGGGGUGAGAUGGAUAGGCGACUACAAGUUGAUAUAUUAGACAAGCAUCAGCUGUCAAUUGGAAAUCAUGCUUGGAGAAAACUUCUUCAUCGCCUUGUAGAGAUGGGUAGAUUCUAUGGACCUUUUGGAGACAUCCUAUACAAUUCUGACCAUGUUUUUUGGAAGUUAGACUCUACAGAGAGUUCUUCUCGGAUGAGACGAUAUUUGAAAAGGAACUAUAAGGGUUCUGAUCAUCUUGGUGCAGCAGCUGAUUAUGAAGAUAGGUUACACCAUAGACAAAGUGAAGAAUCAGAUGUGCAUAAGGAAAGUGAUCAAGAUGCUUCAGUGAAAGAAAGCUUUCCUUCCACUGCUUCAGCGCUAAUAGCGGAGGCAAUAUCAUUAGAAGAAAGAGCAGAAGAUGAUGAACAGACAGAUAAUGCAAUUAGUGAAACCAACAGCAACAGUCAACAGAAGCAAUCUUUGGUUGCUGAUAAAGGGUCAACAGAUCAAAGAAACUCUGGGGCUUCUAACGAUCAUAGUUUGGUUCAGUCUACAUUUGUGGAUUCACCUGGUUAUGUACCCAGUGAUUCUGAUGAACGAAUAAUUACAGAACUUUCAUCGCUUAUGGUACGGCCACUGAAAGUUUUACGAGGAAACUUCCAGGUCACAACAAAGCGAAUUAAUUUCAUCAUAGAUGAGAGAGCUAGUGAGAAUUCCUUUGAAGAUGCAGCAAUUUCUCCAAAUCAAUCUGAUAAGAAAGAGAAGGACCGAAGUUGGUUGCUCUCAUCAAUUCAUCAAAUGUUUAGCAGAAGAUAUCUUCUUAGAAGGAGUGCUUUAGAACUGUUCAUGGUUGACCGUUCAAACUUCUUCUUUGACUUUAUUGUAAAUCUCUCUCUCUCUCUCUCUCUCUCUCUCUCUCGUAUAUCUAUUUACAUAAAUCUUGCAACUUGGUUCAUGCUUUAUAUUUCCUUGGCCUUGUUUUGUUUUGACUUGUUACAGAAUAUUGAAAGCCGUAAAAGUGCUUACCGUGCAAUUGUUCAAGCUCGUCCUCCACAUUUGAACAAUAUUUAUCUUGCUACACAAAAGCCUGAACAAAUUCUUAAAAGAACUCAACUUAUGGAGCGUUGGGCACGAUGGGAGAUCAGCAAUUUUGAAUAUCUAAUGGAGCUGAAUACACUGGCUGGCCGGAGUUACAAUGACAUAACACAGUAUCCUGUUUUCCCCUGGAUUCUAGCUGAUUAUUCCUCAAAAAAGCUGGACCUUCAAGAUCCAGCAACAUACAGGGAUCUGUCAAAGCCCAUUGGUGCACUUAAUCCUGAAAGACUAAGAAAGUUCCAAGAGAGGUAUUCCAGCUUUGAAGAUCCUGUCAUCCCCAAAUUCCAUUAUGGUUCACAUUAUUCUAGUGCUGGAACGGUCAUGUAUUACCUUUUUAGGGUGGAGCCAUUUACCACUCUCUCCAUUCAACUUCAAGGUGGCAAAUUUGACCACGCUGAUCGAAUGUUUUCUGACAUUGGUAGUACAUGGGAUGGUGUCCUUGAAGAUAUGAGUGAUGUGAAAGAGUUGGUUCCAGAGAUGUUUUACCUACCUGAGGUACUGAUCAAUGUAAAUUCCAUUGAUUUUGGUACAACUCAGCUUGGAGGAAAACUAGACGCAGUUAAAUUACCUCCAUGGGCUGAUAACCCUGUUGAUUUCAUCCAUAAACAUCGCAUAGCUCUGGAAAGCGAGCAUGUCUCGUCUCACUUGCACAACUGGAUAGAUCUUAUAUUUGGAUACAAGCAGCGUGGUAAAGAAGCUAUAGAAGCAAAUAAUGUUUUCUUCUAUAUUACUUAUGAAGGGACCGUUAAUGUUGACAAAAUUGAAGAUCCAGUACAAAGACGUGCUACACAAGACCAGAUUGCAUAUUUUGGACAAACUCCUUCCCAGCUACUGACCAUUCCACACCCAAGGAAAAGACCACUGGUUGAUGUUUUACACCUGCAGACCAUUUAUCGGAAUCCAGCUGGGAUUAAGCCUUACACAGUUCCAAAUCCAGAUCGCUGCAACUUGCCAGCUGGUGCCAUUUUUGCAACUCAUGAUUCUAUUGUUGUUGUGGAUAUGAAUGCUCCUUCAGCACAUGUGGCACUCCACAAAUGGCAGCCAAAUACCCCAGACGGCCAAGGAACACCUUUCCUGUUUCAACACAGUAAAUUUGGUGCUAAUUUAACCAGUGGUGGUUCACUCAUGCGCAUGUUCAAAGGACAAGGUGGAUACAGUUCAGAUGACUGGCAAUAUCCUCAGGCAUUAGCUUUUCCUGCAUCUGGAAUCCGAAGUUCAGAAAUUGUUGCGGUGACAUGUGACAAAGAGAUAUUCACUGGUGGGCAUGCUGACAACUCCAUCAAGUUGAUCUCUUCUGAUGGAGCAAAAACCAUUGAAACCGCUACUGGACAUUGUGCACCUGUGACUUGUCUUACUCUAUCCAAAGACAGCAAUUAUCUUGUCACAGGAUCUCGUGACACAACUGUUAUUGUUUGGAGAAUUCACCGUGUUUCCCCAUCAAAUGUGAAGAAUGCCUCAGAAUCUACCUCAGCACCAGUGAGUUCUACAAGUGGUAGUGAUCCGCAUAGUACCACUGAUACCAAUAGAAGAAAGCGGAUCGAAGGCAUCAUGCAUGUACUAAGGGGCCAUCUCGGAGAAAUAAUCUCAUGUUCUGUUUGUUCUGACCUAGGUGUUGUUGCUUCCUGCUCAAAUGCUUCUGGUGUUAUCCUACACUCAUUGAGGAGAGGGCAUUUGAUAAAGAACUUAUAUAUUCAGGCACAUAUUGUUUGCCUCUCAUCUCUAGGAGUAUUGCUAAUUUGGAACAAAUUCAACAAAAGGCUCUCCACCUUUACAGUCAAUGGGAUUCCAAUUGCUACGGCUCUCGUAUCACCCUUCUCUGGGAGUAUUAGUUGCAUUCACAUUUCUGCGGAUGGGGAGAAUGCUUUAAUUGGGACAGCAUCAAGCACUGAUCAGAUAAAUAAAGACAUUAUUCCUGAAAAUAGUAGCAUGGAGCCAGAUAGGAGCGACGAAAUUGCUACAUCCAGAGAGAGUAUAACAAUUCCCGUGCCUUCGAUUGCUUUCUUGAAUUUACAUACCCUGAAGGUUUUCCAUUCGUUAGUUAUGGAAAGAAAUCAAGACAUUUCUUGCAUAGGUCUAGACAAGGACAGUACUAAUCUUUUAGUAUCAACAGCGGAUAAACAACUUAUAAUUUUCACAGACCCUGCUCUGAGUUUGAAGGUAGUGGAUCAUAUGCUUCGUCUUGGCUGGGAAGGCGACGGCCUACUCAAAUCAUGAAUACUUUUAUUCAUGUGUUUUUUGAGCUCUGGUUGCUUUCAAUCAGACAUCAACCAAGUGAUAGGAUACACAUCGUGCAAAUAGUAGGAUAGCAGCAUAGUUAAACGUGUGCAUCAGAGUAUACAAGACUGCCUCAUUUUCUCUAUUCUGUAUAUGAUCUUAUAAUUUGUAUUUGAAAUCAAUUUUCACUCGCCUCCUUUUCCGUCUUAGAGUAUAACAUUCUGUGUUCUUUGUGCGGCCAAUUUAUAAAGGUAACGAAUGCUGCUAUCAUGUUUUACUUUUAGUUGCUGCCUGUCAAGUCAUUUUGUAUAUUUUUUUUAAAAUAGUGGACCAAUUCUGGCCUUUUCUAUUC